AUGCCUGACGAACACAUAUCUGGUUCAGACGGGCAACCAGUCCUGUCUGAACAACCUGCUAUUCCUAUAGAUGAUCAUGACGCGGAUCGAGCAAACAAUGACAAUUUACUUCCUUUUGGACUCACAAAUGACGUCCCUUCGGUAGUACCAGUCUGGCUAUCCGAAAGUUCCAAGUCCUUCCGUUGGGGCUGGGUGCCGCUGCCAUUGCGCAAGGCUGGACGUGCAACCGUUAAGUGGUUGAAGGGUCCAGAUCCGCCGCAUAAUCUACGGUUUGAACCUUGGUUCCCAAGUAUUCAGGAGGCUCCUAUUGUCUUCUUGGAGAAAUACUUCCCGAAGAAAAAACAGAAGAUAUUCUUACUACUGGGCCUUUAUUUCGCAUGGUUCCUGUCCUGGGGCCUUAUUCUAAGGCAUUCAGCAUCAUCAGGCCAUAUUGAAGGAUAUGGCGUACCUAGUCCAAUAGGUUGCAGUGCAAACUACUGGAUCAACGCUCAUCGUUGUGGCUUGAACGGCUAUGACUGCAGGCCCUUUGAGGCCUCCUCCUUUGCGUUCCGAUGCCCGGCUUUCUGCACAAGCACACAGUUACUCAACCCUUACAUUGUUGGCAACCAAACGCUGAAUUAUCAGCCUCUUAUCGUUGGCGGUCCUGCUCCAGGGUCUCCUGAAGAAGAUGCCAUAUAUCGUGCAGAUAGCUACGUUUGCCAGGCGGCAAUACAUGCGGGGGUUGUUUCUGGUGCUAAUGGGGGCUGUGGUGUUGUGCAGUUGGUAGGCUCUUCCGACGAGUACUUCGCUAGUGAAGCACAUGGAUUCAAUUCCACAGGGUUUCCAUCCAAGUUUCCCAAGUCAUACAAGUUCGUGAAAUUAGAAGGGAAAGAAUUCAAAUGUCCACGAGAUAUGAGAUGGGUCCUACUCGCAAUCACCGCAACCACGCUCGCGCUUUUAUCAAUAUUCACCACCUCACCUGCUGUUUUCUUUUUCAGCACGUUUGUUAUCCUCAUUAUGCAUGUUGGUCUCGUCUCAGACCCGCCAGGUGUAGCUGGGAUGGCUGAACUGCUCUCCAUGUUGUUUUCCCGUCUCCUACCAGCCAGCUUUAUUGCUUAUGUGCUAUACCUUUACUGCGCGGUCCCGCUGCUUCAGCCGCUCUCCUCUCCACCGAUGUACCAGAUCACCAGAACCGUUUUAUACCUGGGUCCUGCUUUCAUCGGAGCGCUCAAUAACUACACCUUCGCGAGCUGGAUACCAAUCCAACGCCUCACCCCACAUGACAUACAGAACCAGCCGGGUGCCCCACUUGCAUUAGCUAUUGUUUUGACUAUUGUCAUCACUAUAGUCCUUACACAGGCGUGGCAGAUUCGCCAGGGAGGUCUUUUCUUCCACUUCAUCAAAAUCUACCUGGUUAUCGCGAUUUCAAUAUUUAUCCUGCUUGCCCUUCCAGGACUACGACUGCGUAUCCAUCAUUAUAUAUUAGCUAUUCUUCUCAUGCCCGGAACCGCUAUACCUACUCGACCUUCUAUUCUAUACCAGGGCCUUCUCCUCGGCCUCUUUGUCCAUGGUGUUGGAAGAUGGGGUUUUGCAUCCAUUAUUGAAACUCCUGAUGCAUUAGGGGAAAUUCCGGGCGUUGGUACCUGGUGGGGCGCCAGCUCCCCAAAUAUCAAUAGUUCAUCCGCUACAGUGUCUCUUGCCUCGCCAUACGAGAGUCAUUAUUUCCCUGGCAACGGCAAUAUUACAUUUAGGCUAUGGGAUCGGAAACGGAUGAAAGAGUUAAACGUUGACGGUGUUAGCGUUCUUAUCAACGAUGUUGAACGCUGGCGUGGAUAUGUGGAUGAAACCAAAAAGGGAAUAUUCACAUGGCACCGUCGUGGUCGUCAGGGGCUAAGUACUAGAGACCUAAAUUCCCUAUCUACACUUGGAGAUACUCCAUUGAGGAUUAACUAUGAGGAUGGUGAUGACGAUGAUGAUGAUGAUGAUGAUGACGAUGAGAUAAAUUCUCCUCCGCAGGACUUAUUCUUCCGAUUUGCGUUUUUGCGCGGCUCGACGGCUGGGCUGUAUGGUGGUGUUGGUGUUUGGUUAAAGAAUGGGACUUGGGUGCCGCCUCCUCCACCAAGAACAUGA